CCCAUGGGCUAAUCGAGACUCUCAUCUUUGCAACCGUCCCCUGCCGUUGCUCCUGCUGCUACACCAUGGCGAGCCUGUCGUCGUCGUUGCAAGGGCUAGGAGGAGGAGGUCGCCGUGCCCUCGGCGGCCUCCAUCGCCCGACAGUGCUAGCGAGCAGGAGUGCACUCACAAGCCAGCAGGUCGCGACGCCCUGCAGGACGCUGUUCACCCGCCCCAAGCCGAAGUCUUCCGUACGGUCACUUGUCACCGUGACGUUGCUCGGCUUCGCGGCUACCUUUGGCGUUGCCUAUCAUCUCGACUCGCGCUCCGCUAUUCACCGAUGGUUCGCUAUUCCCGUCUUGCAGGCUUUUACAGACCCGGAAACGGCGCAGAAGCUGGCCGUCAAGCUCCUCUCGCUCGGAGUCAUGCCGAGAGAUAUGGUCGAAGACGAUGCACUGCUCGAGACCGAGGUCGCCGGACUGAAGCUCAGUAACCCCAUCGGUCUUGCCGCCGGGUUUGACAAGCAGGCCGAGGCCAUCGAUGGCCUCUUGAAUCUGGGCUUUGGCAUCGUCGAGGUUGGCAGUGUCACUCCGGAGCCUCAGCCGGGCAACGAGCAGCCGCGCUACUUCCGUCUGACCCAGGACCGCGGCGCCAUCAACCGCUUUGGCUUCAACUCGGAUGGCCACCAAGCUGUCCUCGCUCGUCUGCACCACCGCAUUCAGCAGUGGGUUCUGGGACAGUCGACUCUGGCCCAGUCGAGGGUGCCGCUGCCGGACUCUUCGUCAGACGAAGCCCAGCUGCUGGCCCGGACAGAAGCGGGCAUCGCAGCCGUGCUCGAGAGAGACGAGGUGCCACGGUCGCUGCGACCAGGCCAACUCCUCUUUGUCAACCUGGGCAAGAACAAGACGAGCGAAGAAGCCAGCGUCGACGACUAUGUCAAAGGUGUCAAGACAUUGGGCCAGUACGCCGACGCUGUCGUCGUCAACGUCAGCUCGCCCAACACGCCUGGGCUGCGUGGCCUGCAGCGACGAGGCAUCCUCCAGGAACUUAUGACCAAUGUUGUUCGUGCCAGGGAUGCUCUCCCUCCGCGGGGCCAGGGCCGCAACCUGCCGAUCCUUGUCAAGAUUGCACCCGAUCUCGACCAGGCGCAGCUGCACGACAUUGCUGAUGCCGCCCUCGCCAGCGGCAUCGACGGUCUCAUCGUGUCCAACACGACGGUGCAACGGCCAAAGACGCUCCUCUCCUCACCCGACCUCACAAACGAGAAGGGCGGUCUCUCGGGCGCACCGCUCAAACCGUUGGCACUGCAGGCCCUGACGACGGUUCGUGCAAGGGUGGGCGACAAGAUUGCCCUGAUUGGCUGCGGCGGUAUCCACAGUGGCGCAGACGCCCUCGACUUUGCCAAGGCGGGCGCCAGCGCGAUUGAGCUCUACACAUCCUUUGGCUACGAGGGUGUGGGCCACCCGCGGCGCGUCAAGGACGAGCUGAGUGCGCUUCUCAGGGAGCAGGGCACGACAUGGAAGCAGGUUGUUGGUACAGGCCUGGAGCAGGGCGGGACAAAGCCAAAGGUGCCGAGCAACGAAAAGGAAGCAACGAGGAGCGGUGGGGCAGCCGAGAGGAUGGGCGAGGCCGUGGCCAGUGUCAAGAGCGAGCUCGAGGGCCUGAGGCGCUCGCUCGGCAUGCCAGAAGAGGACAAGAAGCGGACCGCCGCUCCCUUCUUCCAGCCCGAUCCAAACGACAAGGAGUACGUGGGCCUGCUCGACAAGGUGCACGCUGCUCUCGGCCGCAGCGAGGGCGGAAGGGAUGACAAGCCAGUGGCAAAGACGUUUGAGGCCGACGACAUGACGCGGGCAGAGGCCCUCCGAGCGAGACUUGGCGCCGCGCUGCGCGACCCGAGCGUGCCCGCGAGCCAGACGCUUCUUGGCACGGGCGCGCAAGCGACGACGACGACGAUGCCUCCGCAGAGCGGGCGCAUCGAGGCUGACGGUCUGACCCAGAUUACACCGAGAUCGAGCGGCAGCAACUUGACUGCCUAUGCAGAGGGAAGGGUCGGCAUGGGCGGCAAGGCCGAAUUCAACAAAGCUGACCGACAGAGGGUUGUGUAGACUGAAGUUCAUUCCCACAAUAGCAAUACAAGGAGUGUGCAAUACAAGGAGUGGUAGCAGC